CAUAUUAGCUAGGAACCUCACUUUAGGUUCCAGGCACUUCGACCUAGGCGCUAAGAGUGUGUUAGUGCGUAAACGAAAGAUUUCCACAAGUGUUAAAGACGCCAUCUUUGGGGAAAAACACAAGAAAAUAAGCCUUUGAGAACCCACAAAGGGGCUGUUUAAAAGACUUCCGAGGAAGGGCAAUUCCAGGAGUGGAAAAUUUGAAAUUUUUCGAAGCAAAGUGGGCCUGGGACAAGACUCAAGCAAGCUGCAUGCGAAAACACACGACACUUAACAAUGAAGACGAACACUUCACAAACUGAUAACACAAGUGAGACGUCCACAAGUCCACUCAGUACUCCAAUCUUCGAGAUACAGCUCGUUUGUUACUCAGUCAUUGCCGGCGUCAGUAUUUUCGGUAAUUCUCUAAUAUGGUGGAAGAUUCAUCAUCGGCCAAGGCGGAGAAUUAGCGAUUUUUUCAUCAUCAACUUAUCACUCAGUGACAUUCUCACGGGUUUGCUGAGCAUACCACUUGACCUGGCUGAGAGAUUGUCGAAAGGUUGGCCUUUUUGGGGUUUCAUGUGCAAAAUUGUAUAUCCUUUGCAGACUGUUUUGAUGGCAGUCACAGUUUUAACACUCCUCGGGAUAAGUGCUGAACGAUAUCGAGCAGUAAUUACACCAAUGAAGAGAAAGCCAACUAGAAAUACCAUUAUUAGUAUAAUAUGCAUUUUAUGGGGAAUCAGUAUUGUUGUUGCUAUUCCUUAUAUGACAGUGCUAAAGUAUGACAAUAUGGAAUGCUACGAAGUUUGGUCGUCAAGAGCGCACGUGGCCAUCUAUACUGUCUCUAUCUUCGUACUCUUGUACGUGAUACCGCUGACCAUAAUAACGCUUUGUUACGUAAGGAUCGGUCUUCGACUUAAGCAGGACAUGAGGUCAUUUCGCAAAAUCAUGGCUCGUUGCUCUAGAAAUCCUCACAUGACUAAUGUCCUGUCUCGACGUAGCGAUAAUAAUUUGCAUCUUUGUAAGGUUUUCGCGCUCGUGGUCAUGGUGUUUGCAAUAUGCCAGCUACCUAAUCAUGUGAUCUACCUGUGGCAUGAUCUUGGCCGUGGUGGGGAUUGGGUCUACUAUUCUGAUGUGUUACCGCUGUGUCACAUACUGACGUAUCUUAAUAGUGCACUUGACCCCUUUGCUCUGGGAAUGUUAGAGUGUGGAUGUCUUGGAAAUAGGAGGGUGUUUCUAAGAAGGGGUAGAGCUGAACGUCCUUGGAAUAAGAAGAUGAACGAAGGGUCGUUGAGGCCUUUAAAGGAAUCAAGUGGAAGAUCUGACAGCAGCGAUAAUAAUAUCCAAGCACAAGGAGGGGGACAACCGAAGGCAAAUAACAUGACUCAUGAGUUUGUGGACAAAGUGACAGUACUGUAAAUACGAGAAGGCCCUCGAAUAAUUAUCCAAAUUUGGAUCUGCUCGCAUGAAAACAAUUUCUUCUUUGACAACAAAGCUCAAUUCAGAUUCGCUUGCUUAUUCUAAACAAAUAUAUAAUACUUUGAGAUCAGAAGUUUGACAAUUUACUGUGAUAUUUUAGCAAAUUGAGAACCUUCGACAUUUAGCAGCAUGUUGUAGAAAAGUGCCACUAAAAUUUAGAUUCUAUAGUGUACAUAAAAGUCAACAGAAAGCGUUCACCAAUACCAAUAACAAAUCUCAAUUCAAA